AUGGACUCAGGGUGGGCGCCCAUGUUGUGUAUCGACUGUGGUGGCGUCUUAACCCGUUAUGGAGAUGUCAAGUACGACGGCGAGGAAAUCUACAAGGCGACGAUGCCAGGAGCAUGGGCUUUCCUGCUUUUGUGGCAGGCUUGCUAUGGCGAAGAUGCUGUGAGAAUCAUUUCGAAGGUGAAAUGGUUCCCACACAAAGAGAAGCAUUGGGUGGUGAGACACGCGAUGUCUCUUGGGUUGUCCUCGGACCAGGUCUUCUUGACGGAUCAGAACAGCAACAAAGGAUACUACGCGCGCCGCUCCAAUGGCACCGUGGUCGUCGACGACAGGCUGGAUUGCUUGCAGAGCAUGAUGAACGGAAGCUCAAAAAGCCUGCAGACAGCUGUCCUGUUCGGGGGCGCCGAUCCACGAAACGAGAAAAAGGUGCACUGCAUCAGCGACUUCAGAGACCUUGCCGUCUUGCUGGAGGUCUACCCGAAUGGUACGGUUUGGGACUGGCUCAUGGACGAAGGCCCUCCAAACAAACCUCAUGACGAAGCAGUGCGAGACGACCUCCUGCAACGCUUGAAGGCCAUGGACGACGCCCGAGCCUGGCUACCAACUUCAACGGCAAACAAAAGAAAGGUUGAGGCUGCAUCGGCCUUGUCGUCAAGCAACUGGGUCCCAAAAGGUUCUGCAGCGCCCGCCGGCGACAAUGACGACGAUGACGAGCGUCCGCCGCCUCCAGACAACGUCGUCUUUUUGUACCGCAAGUCUGCUGCAAAAAAACCAGUCAAGAAAGAAUCGCCGCCGCCGUCGACGAGACCGCCAAAGCAAUCCACAAUCAAAGAAGAGCCGGACUACGGCGGCGACCAGGCCGACGACGACAACGACGACAAUGACAAUGAACAGGAAAGCAGUUCAGAGGAGGACCAGGAGGAGGACACAGAAAGCGAGGCCAAAAAACUUCGACGAAGUUCCUCCAAAAAAUCCGGCAGCAGGCGGCGAAGCACUUCCACUGAUGCCAAGAUCAAAGACUUGCAAAAUCAGGUGAAGCAGCUGCAGUGGCAGCAACAGGCUGGGUGGUACUACCCGUACUACCAGGCCGCGGCGGCUGCUUCGGCCGCGCAAGGCAGCCAGCCGGCGGCACCGGCUGCAUCGGCCGGGCCGCCGCGUUGGGGGGGCCGACGUCCGGAUUCGAGCUGGACGCAGGCAAAGAUGAAGCGUGCCGAGCAGCACCGUGCUACCGGAGGGCAGACGGCACAGCGGAUGACCCCGGCAAUAGCAUGUUGCCGAUGUGGGAAGAAUCAGCCGGGCGCAUAUUGCCCUGCCAGGGCGAAUCUUCACUGGCUGUUUCGGCCAGACGGUAGCACCACUGGCUGUUUCGGCCAGACGGCAGCAUGGCUAAGACGGCCGUGCGACACUGGCUGCUUCGGCCAGGUCAAUGACGACGGAACGCGACAGUGGAAAGGGGAAAAAAGCAAGCAGGGACAUCAGCUCAUUCCCUGUAAAUUUAAGUCUGGGGCGGGGUGCCUGGCUGAUUCGGCCAGUGCCUAUUGGCUGCUCAAGUUUGUCAGAAACAUGCCGCCAAAAAAGAAACAAAAGACGACAAAGGCUUUGCCUGCACCUUGCGAAGACGAAGAUCAAAGCGAGCCAGACCUUGGUCCCUCCAAGGCUCAUUGGAUUAAGGUGCAUGAUGCUUUGGCCCGAAUUUUCUCACACGAAUUAUUCAAAGACAUAUUGACAGCAGACCCUUUGUCUGUCAAAGAUGGCGGCAGAGAGGCAGCACUCGACGCUACUCAGGCUGCUUCGGCCUUGAAAAACGCUGGCGUCUAUAAGUGUGCCGCCAAUUUUUUCCAUCAAGACUUCCUUUUCAUGGCCACGCACAAAGUGCCUAUGAACGAAGCGCAGGUGCAGCAAAUCAAAGACUAUUGGUUUCCCAAAAAUGAACCGCCGUCAUUGUGCCCCUUUGUCAUCACAGUCGCUUUGGAAACCCCUGGCUGCAUCGGCCAACGUCCACAAAACGGUUUCCAACGUCUCAGUCCUCCAGAGCCGGUACACGCCUUGCUGUUUGCACUGGCUGAAGCCAUUGAAAGCAAAGCAAAAGUUGGAGUAUUGCGCGCUUUCAGAAGUUGCAUCCUCACUGCGACCUUUGUGUUCGAAAUCUGUCCUGUUGGUGAAGACCGCUACUGGCGUGCACAAAACAUUCGUGAAGAGAUGGUUGAAAAGGGUUUGUCGGUUCAGUUGUCAUUGCGCCAGCGUAUAUUUGAUAUUGCAGGCUUCUACGAAGCCCAAAAAAAAACUGAGUCAAGCCUGGGUGCCAAAAAGCUGGCAGCUCUGUACACACAGCAUCUCAAACUUGCGUCGAAUCAAGAGAAAAUUUCGGAAAGCUUUGUCGAUUGUGCUUUGUCCAUCCAUCGCCGACUUCUCAGCAUCCCCAGGUGUCAAGCAGUUUUGGAAUGGUGUGACCAAAACUGGCUCACUUCGUCUGCUUGGAAAUCAAUUUACGCCUUGCAAGCAUUGCUUGACAGAGGAGGCACGCCUGAGAUGAUUGCCUGGUCCCUGGAAGGGAUGGUGGAUGGCGUCCGCAUGUCUUUUCUAGAUGGUGGACACUUUGUUAUUAGCAAGCUGAAAGAUUCAAGGGCCAGCUACAUUGAAGUCCUCAAAAUGAAGCGCAAAACUUUGUUGCAUUUACUGAACACAUGGCUGAAUGACUUGAAGCUGGAGAAAAAAUGGAAAGACAACAUCAAGAGCUACUGCGGCUCCUAUGAGAUGUUGCGAAAGCAUAUUUCGCCAUACCCUGAUACGCAGGCUGAUACGGCCUGGUUGCUGGGUUGCCCGCCAAGUGUUUCUGAAAUUUGCGAGUUCCUGGAUCAACUUGUCUUUGGAUCCCACUAUGACGCAAGAUACAAGGAUGCAAUCAAGAGCAAACACGAGGUGGAAGAUUUCUUGAAUUACACAACUCUAAAGACCACCAUGGAAACCAUUGAAAAAAUGACUCGCCAAGAGGACAAGCCCGAGGGACUCAAUGGCGAUGAAGAGCAGAAAGCAAGAACGGAAGAGGAAAGACAGGAAACAGAACUGGAGGCUGCUUCGGCCUCUGAGGCUGCUGCGGCCUCUGAAGCUGCUCCGGCUUCUGAAGAAGUGGAAGACAAUGGUCUUAGUGAGGCAGACAAGGUCAUGUGGAGACAGCACAUGCGCAAGAUCCUCAACCAGCAUGUGCGAUUUGUCGCCGAUCACCGCACCAAUGUGGAAUUGGAAAGUGCCUUGAAAGAAACACCUUUCAUGUCCUUGCGCGGAGAUCAAACAGGAAUGGCCCUCUUCCACUUUGAUUUGAAAAAAUAUGGCGAGCCCACCACACGGCCAGACUUGAGAACCCCAACCUUUCGUGAAAACCUCUACACCCGGCUUGUCAAGAGCGUUCUUGCUGCGCGGCAAGACGCAAUGGGCACUCCCAACCCCAACCUUCAGGCAGGGGAAGUUGCAUUGAUUUUCGAUGCAGGAAAAAAAGGACUUAUGAAAAAGUUGCUCAGCCCAUGGAAAGAAGGAACAGCCAAAACCAAAGAGGAGGACGAAGAAGCGGAGGAUGAUGGAGAAGAAGAUGCAGAAGAGGAAGAUGACAAGCCGACCUUUUGCGUAGACACCCUGAUGAUUGGAUAUUCAGAGUCGUCGCUAUCCGCACGAAAGAAGCGGCUCCGUGGAACUUGCACUCUGAAGCAGAUGGAGUCAUGUCACAUUUUGUCAUCCAAAAGGUUGUCCCUGCCAAGCCGUGACAGAAAGCACUACGCAGGUUCAACCACUGGCGACUUGAUUUCCAACGUGCACAUGCCUGCUUGGUCUUCUGAGUGGCAGCUGCCUUGGAAAGAAAAAAAGGAGCUUUUGGGGAAAAAACACAUGAUAGCUGUCGGAGGUAAGACACAAAACAAGGAGGAAGAGAAGCAGAACAGCAGAUCCAGCAAUGGCUUGGAGCCAGUUUGCUUUCACAGUCCACCCUAUGAGCUCUGCGACGAGUUGAUCCACGACUUUUUCGCGAAGAUCAUUAUCGAUCUGACACCUCUGGACGGCCGCAUGGCUUGGGCUGCCUUGCGAAAUCGGGUAGGGUAUGUCGGAGUUGCCUUCAACCCGGAGCACCAACGCCUUCUUGAAGACCGGCUGCUUGCUUUGCUUGAAAAGGAAAUGACAAACCCUGAGUCCAGCUUGUUUUCGUCAGCUUACAGUGAAGCCGUCGGCGGUGGCAGUGGUAAGGCACCUGUGAAUCAGACCGCAAAACCGAAGGCAAAGGUAAAGGCAAAGGCCAAAGGCAAGGGAAAGGCCAAACCAAAGGCUAAAGCAAAAUCCAAAGCCAAGCAAUCAAAGGAUGAGCAGGAGGAAGGCGAAGAGGAAAAGGACGACAAUGACGAGGAAGACGACGACGUCUGGGAUCCUUUGGGAGACGACGACGAUGACAAUGAAGAGGACUAA